CAUCAUCGUUUUUUACCUAAGAUAGACGAAGUAAAACGCAUACUGCCUAUGAAAAUGGAGAUACUGUAUAUGGAACACUGCAUAUUGAUUUGAGUUAUUUCUUUCAAUUAAAACAUUCUCAUAGGCUUCUCAGUUAUAUAGCCUACAUACCUAAUUUUAGUGUUGAACCAGACUUAUAAUACAUACAGCAUAUUCUAAACGAGAAACGAACCACCGCCAGACUGGUAGAGUAAAACAAAACAAAUUCCAUAUGCACACCCCCAUAUUAAUAGUAGUACGCGGAAUCUGAGAGAACCUGAACCUCCCUCCUUCCCUCUUUGUGUCCUCCAAGAUCCCAACUUCCUCUGCGAGAAGUGACUCUAGACAAUUAGCUCCGCUGAACUGGAGCAUUCGUGAGAGACACUGGGAGCGUAGCUUGGAGAGUUUCAGCUGGGGGAUAAGAAAGCAAUAUCGGGAGUCGGUCACAAGAGCUGCUUUUAGCAAUGAGCUGGGGAACGGAGCUUUGGGAUCAGUUUGACAACCUAGAGAAACAUACGCAAUGGGGAAUCGACUUCCUGGAGAGAUAUACAAAAUUUGUUAAAGAAAGAACGGAAAUCGAACAUGCCUAUGCAAAACAAUUAAGGAACCUUGUAAAGAAGAACUGCCCGAAGCGCCCCAAAGAUGAAGAGCCCAGGUUUAGCUCGUGUCUGUCUUUCUAUACAAUCCUCAACGAGCUCAAUGACUAUGCAGGACAGCGGGAGGUGGUGGCGGAGGAGAUGGGGCGCCGAGUGUAUGGGGAGCUCAUGCGCUACACUCAUGAGCUCAAGUCAGAAAGGAAAGUCCAUCUUCAGGAGGGAAGGAAAGCCCAACAGUAUCUCGAUCAGUGCUGGAAACAGAUGGAUAAUAGUAAGAAAAAGUUUGAAAGAGAGUGCCGAGAAACAGAAAAGGCACAGUUAGGCUAUGAAAAAAUAGACAAUGACCCCAACGCAACCAAAGCUGAUGUGGAGAAGGCUAAGGCGCAGUUAUAUCUACGAACACACAUGGCUGAUGAGAGUAAAAAUGAAUAUGCGGCCCAACUGCAGAACUUUAACGGGGAACAACAAAAACAUUUUUAUUCUGCGAUUCCAAUAAUAUUUAAGAAUUUACAGGACAUGGAUGAAAGGAGGACCUUGAAGCUGAGUGAGAGUUACAAAGGUUUCGCAGAUGUAGAGCGCAAAGUUAUUCCCAUCAUUUCAAAGUGUCUGGAAGGGAUGGUGGUUGCAUCAAAAUCAGUGGACGAAAGAAGAGAUUCGCAGAUUGUGGUAGAAUCCUUUAAAUCUGGGUUUGAACCUCCAGCAGACUUCCCGUUCGAGGACUUCAGUCAGAAUAUCUACAGGGCCGGUUCUGAAGGUACCAUAAGCACACCCAAGACAGACUCCAGCAGGGCCGACCCCAAACACACCAUUGGGAAAACCAAGGGCAAGCUGUGGCUGUUUGGAAAGAAACCGAAGGGUCCAGCAGUGGAAGAUUUUAGUCACCUGCCUCCUGAGCAACGACGCAAGAAGCUUCAGCAGAGGAUUGAUGAGCUCAGCAGAGAACUGCAGAAAGAAGUGGACCAGAGAGAUGCACUGAACAAAAUGAAAGAUGUCUAUGAAAAGACUCCACAGAUGGGUGACCCAGGAAGUUUACAACCUAAAAUCGCAGAGACGAUGAGCAAUAUGGAUCGUCUCCGCGUGGAGAUCCAGAAGAACGAGGCAUGGCUCACUGAAGUUGAAGGAAAACCAGGAGUCAGAGGAGACCGUCGACCCAGUGCAGACGUUAAUCACCAUCACCACACACCACAUGGAAGAGAAAGUCCCGAAGGCAGCUACAACGAAGAUGCUCCCCAGGAGAACAGGGGACCCCCUCAGCCGGACCCUCACGAGUUUGAUGACGAAUUUGAUGACGAUGACCCACUGCCUGCAGUUGGACACUGCAAAGCACUCUAUGCAUUUGAUAGUCAGAACGAAGGCACUCUGGCUAUGGUUGAAGGGGAGGUUAUGUACAUCAUUGAGGAAGACAAAGGAGACGGCUGGACACGAGCCAGAAAGCAGAACGGCGAGGAGGGCUAUGUGCCAACAUCUUAUGUAGAUAUAACACUUGAGAAAAACAGCAAAGGUGCGGUAACCUACAUAUAAACUCUGCAGACUCCACAGCAUGCUGAAGAGACGCUGAACUGAACGCUUUAACAAAAUGAAAUCCCACCGUUUUCGGUGUUCAUUAAGCUUAUUUUCUUGUUCACUAUGUGAGCUGCCAUACGGUAUUUAAAAAAAAAAGAAGUUUCAUAACGUGAUCCCUUAAAGAAAUGUCAUAGCACGAAACUGUUUGUGUUAAGCGUUGAACUCAGCGUGAUUCCAGUUGCCUUGUAAUGGUUGUGAAAAUGUAUAUAAGGGACCAGGAUAUUUUAUAUCUUUUAACAAUAAGAACAAAAAAACUAUUUUAAUUAUUUAAACCAAUAGAAUUUGGUUACACUUGUUUUGGAUAAAUGCAGUACAUUUUAAUCAAUUUUGAAUUGUGCAUGGCCACUGAUUUUAGAAAGAUCAGGAACUUCAGUUGUCCUAGAUUACUGGGAUUUGUUUUGGCAAUAAUCAACUGGUACAGUACUACUGUUUCUGAUAUAUGGGACGUUGUGUGUGUUUGUUUUGUUUUUUAAUUUGUUUUACUUUAAACCUGUUCGAUCAUAUUAAGUGUGACUGAAAACAAUAACAUUUUUAUCAUGAAGUGUGCGCCGAGUUUGCUAUUCUUUUUUGGUUGCCCUUAAGCGUACGCUCUCUGUAACAUUUUAUGACUAUAUUUGUUCAAUUUAAAGACCUAUUUAAUAUUCUACCGAUGACAUUAAACAGCUUGUUGCUGAGACGACAUCCAUAAUGCUUCAAACAGUUUUACCUCUAUGUUUUUGUGUAUUAUUUAGUGGCACUGGGUCCCCUGACUCUUCUGGAAAUGGGCUUUUGUGUUUGUUUUCUUUUAUUGGUUCCUUCGGUGUAGCUGACCCAACGGCUUCUCAUUCUUCUUGGGGGGAUAGAGUAACUGUUUCUUUCUUUCCUCUUGGACUACAGGUUCCUGAAUGGAUGUGUGGGUUUCUGAAACAGUGGGUGAGACAUUCAAGGAAGGUUACAUGCAGCUGCUUAUCUCUGGGGUGGGGACUUAGGUAUUAGGAGGCCAAGAGGUAUAAAAGCAGGUUGCACGUUUGCAUGCAGGCAUCAAUUUAUCAUUAACACGUCAGCAUUGCCAUCAUAGCAUCAUAGUGGCAGCUUUCAUUAAACAUCUUUCCUGUUACUCGGAUGUGUGUAGCAGCUAUGGACACUUUUGCCAGGCUGCAAUUUUUAAAGUGAAAGCCGUUCAUUUCAAAAUCUAAAGCUUUCCAAAGAAAUCUUUGAUCUUUGCAGUUUGAAAAAGUACCACUGUUAUUCUGGUCAUUUUAAUGCAAGGGAAUCCAACGAAAAAGAAAAGCUAUAGUACACGAACUUCGCCUUGACACCGAAGUCGACCCUUUUUGUUUGGUUUUUGCAUAUCAUUUUACAGCUUUGAAUGUCUGCCUGUACCGCCCUCUUCCAUGCUCGCCCCCUAACAUGCUGCUGCAUGUCUAGCACCAUCAUUCUAAGUCAGGAGUGUUUACAUGGCAUUAUGUUUUAACUGGUAUUUCACUUACAUCUAAUCCUGUUGUUUGUCAGCCAGUCCCUUUUUUCACCUGUCAAUUAAUUUCCAUUCUGGUAACUUGUUGAAUUGCACUACAUUGUCUUUCACCAGUGCAUGACCAAGUAAUGUAAACUCAAUGCCAGACUGCAAUAAACAUCAUCGAGAAAGAAGUAUUUCGGUGUUCUGGGGAACCGCUUACCAACAUGCCAAGGAAUACAUCUAUAUCAUCAAUGCAAGGGGGAUUGCAGCCUUGUAUAAGCAGAGCAUGGCAUACAGCACCAGGAGAUUUGUUUGGACAAGGUUCAAAAGGACCAAGCACCAUCUCCAUGUAAUCUUUUGCCUUAACACAACUGUACAAUGGAAGAGUGCCUAAAUCUGCUGAUUUGCCAAUCCGAUAAAAAGGCUGCUUUUAUUUCAGUAUUGGCAUUUUUCCAGGACUUGUCUGAAAUCCUUGUUGUCUCUCUCAGCACUGCAAAAUGUUGUAUUAAGCCGUUUCAAUUCUGAAUCUCCUUUGAGUGGCCAAUUUAAAAAAAAAAAAAAAGUAAAUCAGAUUUGUUUUAUUACUGAAGAUUUUUAUGUGUUAAUAACAUAUUUUUAUUUCAAUUGAAUGUGUUUCUAUUGUGGUGAUUUUUAUAGGGUUUUUAAUCAGAUCAGAGUUAAAUGAUCAGGCUUUUGACUACAUCGUGUUUAGGAAUACCAUCAUUUGGACCUGUUGAUUCUUAAGCGUUUUUAACUAUAUUCACUUUUGCCCAUAUAACACUAACAAAAGAAAUCUGGAUUUUGUAUAAAUGUAAAUACAUGGGGAAGCAGUACCAUCCUGACUGUGUUUUCAUAUGGACAUUGUGUUGUUUUUUUAACUGAACGAAGAAAUAAUCUUUUUAGACUUCUUUAGGUGAUGCUGCCAACAACUUAUCUUGAAAACUGACCAGAUUAAAAAUAGUUACAACUAUGUUAACUGUUGCAUAUAUUUAGGGUAAAUAGCUAACAGGGUAUCUAUGUAAGUGAAUAUACAUUUGCUUACUCAUGGGGUUACUAAUUAAAUAGUAAAACAUCAUAUUUCAUAUUCAUUUUGUGUCAGUUUGUAGAACUGGUGCAGGUUCUAAUCUGUGGCUCUUUGUGAAUGGUACAUAUUAGAUUUCUUUAACUUCAUAGCCCUAAUAAAUAUGUAUAAGCUGUGAAAUUUACAUGUUGAUACUUUUUUCAUGAAAUUGUAUCCGCUUUUAAAACUUUAUACAUCUGAGGACGUGUAUUUGGAACAUUGGACACGUUUAGAUAAACACCUAUGGCUUCUUUACUUAGCUGUAACCUCUUUCAGUUUUUCUGUCAAUUUAAUGUUGUUUUUUUUUUUUUAAUGAACCAGGAGAUAAUUCCUAGUUCGGUUUUUAAAGAAUUUGACAAGAUCAUUGCAAUGAGGCAUGCUGCUGUUCUAUAGUAAAUGCUUGUAAUCUUUUCAAAGACAAAGCGGGAAGAAUAAGAUGUUAAUAGAAUGUGGUUAUAAACAAGUUUCGUGCUGAACACAAUAGUCUUCAUUUCUACGCAACCUUGUGCACAUGUUGAUUUUUUUUUUAAAUAUUGUGAAACACACUAUGUUUAAAAUUCCUGUUCUCUGUUGAGAAUUGUUUCAUUGAAAUAAAAACUGAUUUCAUAUUGUAA